AUGCCGUCGGAGAAACGACCGCGGGUCAUCAACGGCAAGCCGACCUACGAAUAUUGCAAAACGUGUCGCCGCAGGAGAGUGAAAUGUGACACCGCUCGGCCUGCUUGCCAGCGAUGUCUCCGUGCCGGUUUCGUGUGCGAAGGCUACACUGUCUUGGAGUUGGCCAUUCGACCACUACACGACAAUGCAGCCCAAGGUACAGACAUCGCCCACUUCCACCCGCCUGCAACGGCCAACAGCCCAGAACUUGCUGCUGCAAUAGCCCCAGCAGCGGCUUGUCGCGCACACUUGCUCUCGCUCUAUCUCCACGAUCUCUUCCCAACCACCCCUCGCUUCGCUCCUCAUAUUGCGCACACGACCGCGCUGUCAUUACCGCAUCUUUACGCGCAGAGUGAUCUCCCUAGCCCAUUGCUGCGGCGCGCUAUCGACACGCUCUGUUUAGCGCACCUGGCAAACAAGACGCAGGACGUCUGGCGUACCAACCUUGCCGCGGACUUUCUUGGCCGCCUUCUGGCCCAGCUACGAGGCGCCCUCCAUUUACAUGGCAGCACGCAGACUGCCAGUCCCCGCCUCGAUGGCACGCGCCAUGCGAAGACGGCGUCGACCAGUGCACAGAGCAUCAUGAUGACAAUCAUCCUCCUCAGCAUCAUGCCUAAGUUAGCUGGCGAUCUGGACAUUCCGGCUCCUCAUGACCCCUCGGCCAUUCAUGCCCAAGCUGCGGUGCAGUUUGUCGCCAGCUACGGACCGACAUUCCUGACCGGUUCGCCACGUACAGACGUCGUGCUGACCCGGCACCUCCAGUUACAAGGCAUGGGUGUCGCUUACGCUCGUCGCAAGAAUUUCGGAGCCGCGCAUCCAGGUUGGCAGGGAGUACCUGGGAUGUUGCACGAGGAAGAUGCCAUGUAUCGAGGAUCGGGCUUCGUCGUCCAGGAUACUCCAUCUGAAUGGCUGCGGCCCGCCUCUCCUCGACCAUCCUCCGCCGCACGCGCUCGCACAUUGUACGAAGAUCUCUUCGAUCCUGUCGCGCAACUCUUGGAAAUGGUGGACAACUUCUCAGCCGGCUCUGGGCCCCACUCCCAGCAGCGCCUCGACAACAUGGCGGCGGCCAUCCGACAUGCCGAUGACCUUCAACUACACAACAUCACCCCCUCGCUCCAAGAGUCCACAGCAAAAGCUUUCGGCCCAAUGAUCACCGCCAGCAGCGACCCCAACGACUUUGAUCCCGGCAUCGAAGAGCACGUCUACCUCGUAACGCCCGCCGCCGCCAAAAUCAUCCCGGAGCACUACCGACCGACCGCCGAUCCCUUAACCGCCAACUCAGGCCUCCGCCUCCGCCUCCGCUGCCUCCUAGUGGACUGUGCAAUCCUGCAGAUGAUCGACUCUGGCACGUCACGCAACGACCUCCCACCAGACUGGUCCGGCUUGCACCAAGAGGACAUCGAGCGCAGGGCCUACACGACCGCCCGCGAAAUCCUCCAGUUCGUACAUUACGCCAGUCGGCGAUCACUCACGGUAGCCCGCUUCCUCCGCCUUUGGAUCAGCGCUCCGCGUCAUUUUUUUGUCAGCUAUGGUCGCGCGCCGGACGAGGUGCAAUGGUGCGAUGGCUGUGUGGCUGCAAUCUCCGCGCGGAUUGCACGUCUCGUAGCAGCAGGUCAGGGCGAGACGACCUGUCCCAUGCUGGGUACCGUAGCGAGGUCGAUUGAGAGUUACCGGUAUAGGUGA